CCACCACCUUCAAAUCCAAACCUUCCUUCGAAACGAUUCUCUCUCUCUCUCUCUCUCUCUCUCCCGUGUUUCACCACUGAGAGAUUUAAUAGAGGAAAGAGAAACGGCUCGUUCAAAAAUGGGGAUCACGGAUUAAUUGCAGAGCUUAAAUUCUCCGGCAUAUAUAUAUAUAUAUUCUUUACCUCUGGUUUCUACCGUUUUCUUCCACCAAACUCGUUUCCCUUUUUUUUUUGGACAUAAAUUUCAUAAACCUUGUUUGCUUCCUUCUCACUGUUCCUGUGGUCUCUCUUUCUUCUUCUUUGCUUUUAAAACCAUUCUUCUCCAUCUCCCACUUCGAUUUCUCGGCUUAGAACUUAGGAUUCGAGAUCAACCCAUCAGUUUUUAUUACUGGGUUUGUCUCCUUCACCUUCCUCGUGAUCACCGAGGAAGCUGGUUUCUCUAUUUUUAUCUUCCUCUCUGUUUUAUGGAAUGGAGAUGUUGAUCCUCCUCCUGAGGAUCUGUCUCCUUUCCUCGGUUUUAGUUCUUGGCACUUCCUCAGGAUCGGGUUCAUUCCCUCCGGUUCCAUCACCAACGUCUCCAUUGCCGGAAACUGCAAAAGGGUUUGCUCCUCCAGUACCGAGUCAUCCGGCUGAAUCGCCAAGAUCUGGCAAUUCCCCAUUUCCUGAACCCACUCAGCCAUCUCUUCCUCCUCCAUUAGCAGCGGCUCCACCGCCAUCAGAAGGAACCGUCUCUCUGCCACCUAGUCCAAACGCUUCAGGCAAGAAGACACCGGCCCAUGAGCCUGUAGUCUCCGUUCCUGGUUCUCCAGGAUUUGGUCUUCCAGCUCCUGCAGCAAUUCCUGUGAAGGAUUUGCCCAGUAGCCCCCCAACCGUUCAGCCAGCCCCAGUUUCAGAUAGAAAUCCACCAAAUGAUCACAAGCCCCCUAUAGAAGAAGAGCCUCCUGCUCCUGUUGUUGCUUCUGAACCAAAGAUAUCGGUUGGAACCCCUCCGGCCGUCCACCCUUUAAUCCCGGGAUUAACGCCCUCUUCUUCUCCUGAUGUAGAUCAUGCUCCUCCUCCUCGUAUAAACGGUCCACCACCCAGCGGAAACCGAGAUGAUAACAGCAGAAGUCCAGUUGCCGAGCCGCCGUACGAAAUUUCCAAACCCUAUCCAGCUAUACCACAUAAAGGUUCUUCUCCUUCCAUAUCUCCAUCGGCCCCAAAGUCCGGGAAACAUUCUCGUCAUAAUGCUUCUCCGGUUUCAUCUCCUCUACCCUCAUUUCAUUGGCAUCGACAAGACAGAAAGAAGAUCACUUCUCCUUCUCCUACUCCGCCAUAUCUGAUAUCUCCAAAGCAUUCAAAGCAUCAUAAAGGGUACGCUCCUUCACCCUUCAUUCCCGGUUCUAUGGUUUCUCCUCCUCGCUCUCCGGUCUCUUCAUCAAUGCAUCGUGCCUCACCAGCUCCUGCACCUUCUCCGGGGCAAGUUUUUCCUUUCAGACCCGAAUCAAAGCCUCCGAAAGUCCCUCUCGGUCCUCCUCUUCAAGCAUUUCUUCCUCCACCUCCUAAUACAGAUUGUUUAUCGACUAUUUGCGUGGAGCCAUAUACGAAUACGCCUCCAGGGUCUCCUUGUGGUUGUGUGUCGCCUAUGCAGGUCAGAUUGCAACUCGGUGUGGCACUGUAUACAUUCUUCCCGUUGGUCUCGGAAUUCACGGGGGAGGUUGCUACUGGGGUUUUCAUGAAGCAGAGUCAAGUCCGUAUUAUGGGGGCUAAUGCGGCUAGUGAGCAACCCGAAAAAUCGAUUGUUCUCGUCGAUUUGGUCCCGCUCGGAGAAAAAUUCGAUAAUAUGACUGCAUUGCUGACUUACCAGAGAUUCUAUAGCAAAAAAGUCUAUAUAGAUCCAUCGCUCUUCGGUGAUUAUGACGUUAUUUACGUGAGUUAUCCAGGUUUACCUGCAUCUCCUCCAUUCCCGCCUUCUGGAAUGACCAUUAUAGACGAUGGGCCAUUUUCGGGUAAUGGAGGGAACGGAAGGAUAAAUAAGCCCCUCGGGGUCGAUGUUCCGAAGAAGCUGCACAGUAAAGGGCUCAACGGUGGAACAAUUGCCGUUAUCGUUCUAUCAGCAUCUGCUUUCGUCGGUUUGUGUUUCGCUGUCAUUUGGGUUUUGCUGUCCAAACGAAGGGAUCGCCCUUCGGAAAGGGUGCCACUUGCCCGAGCUUCGUUACCGUCUCUCUCGAAACCUUCAGGUUCCGCAAGAUCUCUGACUGGAAGCCGUCUUAGCUCUGCUUCGUUGUCUUUUGAGUCAAGUAUCGCUCCAUUUGCUCUCUCUGCAAAGACUUUCACUGCAAGUGAAGUAGCGAAAGCGACAAAUAACUUUGAUGAAUCUCGGGUACUCGGGGAAGGAGGUUUCGGGCGGGUGUAUAGUGGCGAUCUCGAGGACAGAACGAAAGUAGCGGUCAAAGUUCUGAAGAGGGAUGACCAGCAAGGUAGCCGAGAAUUCUUGGCCGAAGUCGAGAUGCUUAGCCGGCUUCAUCACAGGAACUUAGUGAAUCUGAUCGGUAUUUGUACCGAGGAACGCAACCGAUGCUUGGUCUAUGAACUCAUUCCGAAUGGCAGUGUGGAAUCUCAUUUGCACGGUGUUGAUAAGGAGUCUAGUCCACUUGAUUGGGAGGCCCGGUUGAAAAUAGCGUUAGGUGCAGCUCGUGGUUUGUCGUAUUUACACGAAGACUCGAGCCCUCGGGUCAUCCACAGGGACUUCAAAGCCAGCAACAUCUUGCUGGAACAUGAUUUCACGCCUAAAGUCUCGGACUUUGGCUUGGCUCGAACCGCCUUGGACGAAGAAAACAGGCAUAUCUCGACUCGUGUCAUGGGAACUUUCGGGUAUGUUGCACCGGAAUAUGCGAUGACUGGGCAUCUUCUGGUGAAGAGCGAUGUUUACAGCUAUGGAGUUGUCCUUCUCGAGCUACUAACUGGUCGAAAACCAGUGGACAUGUCUCAACCGCCGGGACAAGAAAACCUAGUUGCUUGGACCCGACAUCUCCUCACGAGCAGAGAAGGGCUCGAAGCCAUUAUAGACCCAUCUCUAGGACCCGAUAUCCCGUUCGACAGUGUGGCAAAAGUAGCGGCCAUCGCCUCGAUGUGUGUUCAACCGGAAGUAUCGCACCGUCCGUUCAUGGGCGAGGUCGUUCAGGCUCUGAAACUUGUCUGCAACGAGUGCAAUGAAGCCAAAGAGCUGAAUUCCGUAACUACGAUUUCCCAGGAUGAUCUUUCCGUCAGAACUCGGGUCGAGAGCUCGGGCUCGGGAAGGCUUGGACCUUACCCGUUAUUACCGAACUACGACUCGGAACCCGACACGGAGAGGGGAGUCUGUGUUUCGGAGAUGUUAUCGGGUUCGGGAACGACAUCGACGGGUUCGUUUCGAAGGCAUUCGAGUUCUGGGCCAUUGACGACAGGUCGGGGCAAGAAGUUUUGGCAGAGAGUGAGGAGAUUAUCAGUGGGAAGCUUGAGCGAACAUGGGACUUCACUUAUGUUACGGCCUGGUUCACUUUGAAAGACAGAGACAGAUAUGUUCUUGUCUGAUCACACGUGUUUCUGUCGGAGCAGAAGACUUGCAGAGGAAGGAAUAAGUGACUUGUACCACAAGCAAGCUGAGAAUCUCUUGCCUCCCCUAAACCGGUUGAGCUAGAAAACCGGAGAGGUCACUCUUCGGUUUGAUUAAACCAGACAAUUUUUUUUGGUCGUACAAGGUUUUCUUUUUGGUUAAAUCUCAGAACUGUGUUUAGAGGGGGGGGG